GAUUUGAGACUGCAUUGCCGAGCGGUCAAUUUAGUUUCCAUAUAUACAGAAGGUCAUGGCUAUUGUCAAUAGAAAGAAGACAUAUGCCAUCAUUCGUGCAAUAUACAAUCAUAGCCACUCUCCUGAAGACUUUGAACGUGAAUUAGAUUUUGUACUAAGUCGUAAAGUGUGUAUGGUCAUUAUUGAACCAGAAUCUCUCGGUGAAGUAACAUGGCGAUGGAUUCGUACGGGUAACUGGUUACAUAAAACAGCUGUUAUAUCAGGAAUAGCUGCUGUAACUACAGCUGGCAUUGGUUUGAUGUGGAAUUCUACAUUUUCUAAAAUAUACUUUCCGUUAGACCUCGGUAUUCGUUUGUUUCCUACUGUUCGAACAAGUGGUGCCUUGAUUACAAUCACACCAAGUGUUAUACGAUUUAUUACAACUACAUUGAGUGCAAUUAGUGCCUCUGCUGCAGGAUUAUACGCAUUGUUUUGGCAAUGGGAUCCAUGCUGUAAGUAUCAAGUUGCACCAUCGCUAGCAUCUCUGCCAGUUGGAACAGCUUCCUUUGUAACAAGUAGUAGUCAUGCCUUGACGAAUUCACAUCCAGAUGAUAAUUCGCCAGGCAGCGGAAUGAGCAACGGUGAAAGCCUCAGUGGUUCUUCGGAAAUAAGCAAUGGAAAGCGCGCUCGAGCUAUCAUUGCAGAGAAUCAUUCCAAUUCAAAUAGUCCUCCAUUACGUCCAGUGGUUUUAGUUCAUCGAGAUGAUGGAAGACGAAAAAUACUGCAUAAUGCCGUCUCUCUAACUUCUACUCUAGUCGCUUGUUAUAUUCUUUUUAGAUGGUCUAGACAUUCAAAUAUGAUUGUUAGUAACCCUUAAUUUUAUUGUAUCUUUCUCCAUCGUAGUCUGUCUGUUUUCUUAUGUGUAAUAAACAAACUAACCUCUUUCUCCCGACAUGAAGAGAACAAUUUAUUCCUUUUAGAUUAUUUUUUUCCUAAAAUCUGCGUUACAGUAUCCUAUAGUUUAAUAAUAUUUUUUAACUAUCGUGUACUAUAAGUAUUUUAGCAAGCAUUUUUACAGUCCAUAUUAUUAUUUUUUUGCCCUUGUAUCCAUGUUAGUAUGGAUUUAAUUAGAUCACUUUUUCGUUGUUAGAAAAAAUUACUAUUAGUACCGGUCUCUUAUUAUUUCUAUAGUGAGAAUCACUUAUUGCGCUUCAUUUUAUUAGUAAAAGGCUCACAUGCCAAUUAAAUUGUAAAUGUAUUAUCUUCAUAACAACUCUCCACAUAAUAAAAUUGAAUCUUUCUUGUGUUUCCUAGUUUUUAUAGACUACUUGAAAGAUUUUCAGUUUUAUGCUUACAUUUCAAUGUUCGGCCACCAAAUAUCGUGGUUUUUCUGGCUGUAUCGAUUCAGAGCACUAUGUAAGUAGAUUGUUUGUAAAUGUUGCAAUCACAAAUUUGAUAACAGUUCGGUCCUUAUAGCGUACGCUUAAUGAUUUGUACAAAAAUAUUAGUACUAACAAAGAACGACAGG